UGUUGGUUGACAGAUUCAAUACACAAUAGUUCUGGAUCCAAGGUCCAAGCUAAGUACAGGACAUACAUAAGAAUAAUUCCAUGGAUUUAAGAUGAGAUUGGAACUAAAAGAAAAGAUUAAGAACGAAAAUCAGGUAGCCAAGAAAUGUUUGUAAGAGAGAAUGUUUGUGUUUGAAGUUUUAAAGCGUGGUUGACUCGCUAGAUAGUUGGAGGUGUUGGGUGCACAGCACCAAAGUGCAGCCCACUGAUGCAUGAUUAGUGGCAAAGAGAGUUAUAGAUAAGAAUCCUUGAGUUAAUAGGAACAAAAUAGGUGGCUGGGUCCUUUGCUAAAAGGAAAAUGUAUGUGUAUUUGUGGGUGAGAUACUGAGGGGGCACAUAAAAACAAGAGGUUUUUUCUUUAGUCUUGAGACAUCUACAAAGAAAGCAAGGAGUUGUUUUGGAUGCUACAGUCACGGCGAAGAUCUUAUCUAAGAUUAGACUGUGACCCAACAGCAAGAAGUUGGAGGUGAACUUGUUGAAGUUUAUAACAAGUGAAAAAAGCACCAAUAUGAAGUCAAUAUUCAUUCAUGAAUGUCUGAUAUGCAAACACUCAAAGUCAUCAAAGAAUAUGUUCAAGAACAAGAAGAGGUGUGCGCAUUCUAUAUGCAAAGACUGCAUUGUCAAGCACAUACUUAUAAAGGUGGAGGAUGCUGUUGCCGAGAUAAAAUGCCCAAAUUGGCCAGCUUGUAAACAGCUUCUAAACCCUCAUACUUGCCAGAAAAUCAUCCCCAAAUUAUUGUUUGAGAAAUGGUGCGACCUUCUUUGCGAAUUGGCUCUUCAACCCUAUGAAAGAAGCUAUUGCCCUAAUAAAAGGUGCUCGGAGUUGAUAAUUAAUGAGUGUGGAGGAACUGUUAAGAAAUCGAAGUGUCCCAAAUGCAAGGAGCUGUAUUGCUUUCUAUGCAAUGUGCCAUGGCCAAGGUGCAACAACUGUCAAGAAUUAGAAAAUGACAAAAAGUUUUUUAAGCUCGCAGUGUCAAAGAAGUGGGUCAAAUGCCCUUCUUGCAGCUACUAUGUGGAGCGUAUAAAUGGCUGCAGACAUAUGAUAUGCAGAUGCGGGACUGAUUUUUGUUAUAAAUGUGGGAGGAAGUGUUUUAUGAGUUCGUGCAAUUGUAUGGAGAGAGAUGAAGAAGAACAAGGUGGCAUGCUUCAAAGACAGGCUAGGCAAGCCAAUGGGAGAUGGCAUCAACUCGUUUUGAAGUUAUAUUCUGCUUUGAGUCUGAGAUGAGUACUGUUUUAUUAUUUGAUUUGGUCAUAGAUACGGUCAGUGUUUUGGGUAUUUUGAUUGUUCCAGUGUGGAUUGACUGAGUCUAUUUAUAAUUUAUAUCCAAUAUAUAAUAAAACAAACACUUCUGUUUAGUU